AUGCUUCAACAAUCCCUGGCCAGAGGUGGAAUGAAUACGACCAAAGUCAUUGGCUUGUGGUUCCGUAAUGAUCUUCGCAUUCAUGAUCAUGAAGCCUUCUCUAAAGCAGUCCAACAAGCGAGAACGGAACAAAAGAAAAUACUCUGUCUCUAUGUGUUUGAUCGGUCCAUCACGACUCAACCCUCUCCGUAUAGCCUUUCUCAAUUGGAGGAGUCGUGUGGACCUCGGAGAUGUAAAUUCUUGGUUGAAAGUGUACAGAAUUUGUUCUCCAAGUUGAAUGGAAGGAUGAUGCUUAGUGUUUUACCUUUUCAAACCUUAAAGGAGGAAGAACCCUCUGCAUCCAGACGAACUGAACGUCCUUAUUCCAUUGAGAAAGUUCGAGAAUUUGCAGCAGAGCUCAUUCAGAAAUUUAAUAUUUCGGACUUGUAUAUGAAUCGAGAGUUUUGCAUGUUCGAGAAGGAAAUGGAGAAGGAAAUUGAGAAGGUGUGCAAGAAGAAGAACGUCAAAGUGAAUUGGACUUGGAGUAAUUGUCUUGUUCAUGGAGAUGAUCUUCCCUAUGACAACUUUCCAGAGGACAUUCCAAAGACAUUUUCUGCAUUUAGAAAAAAGAUUGAGCAAAAACUUGCAAACCAUAAGGAUACUAUUCGAAAAGUCUUUGAAAUGGAGGACGAUUUUAGAGAUUUUCUGCUCACUUCAGAAGAAAUUCAAAAACACGCUCAAACUCUCAGUAUGAUUGAUUUGAACGAUUUUCAAGAUAUUGAAGCGUUUAUGAAAAAACACUUGUUUCCUCACAUGUCACAUGACCAAUUUCUGUCAGAGAUUAAGCAAGAUCAAAGGGGUAUCAUUAAAUUUAUUGGAGGAGAGGACACAGCGUUGGAGCGAUGCCAUUCAUACAUUAACAAGAAUCUGAAAAACUAUUCCACAACACGAAACAACAAUCUUGGAGAUUACAGCACAAAACUCUCUCCAUGGUUGGCUUUAGGGUGUAUCAGCGCAAGAUACAUCUAUCACGAGAUCAAAAAGAAAACAAGCAAGACUGAAGAAAAAAGUUCCUCUGCUUCAGUUUUAAUUAAUGAGCUAUUGUGGAGAGAUUACUUUAAAAUGUUGGCAUGGAAGAUGGGAAGAUCUUUCUUUUUCAAAAAGGCGUUGCAACCAUCAAAGAAUCUAGAAUACGAAUGGAAAAUUCCAAGUGACGGCUACAAGAAUGCGCAAUUUCAAGCGUGGUGUCAGGGAAAAACUGGCUAUCCUUUUGUUGAUGCCUGUAUGAAAGAAUUAUUACAUACAGGAUUUAUGAGCAACCGAGGAAGAAUGGUAGUGGCAAGCUUUUUAGUCAAAGACAUGAACAUUGAUUGGAGAUUGGGAGCAGAAUAUUUUGAACGAAAUCUAUUAGACUUUGAUGCAUCUUCAAAUGUUGGUAAUUGGUGUUGGGUUGCAGGUGUUGGAUGUGAUUUUAGACCUCGAUACUUCAACCCUAUCAAGCAAGGAAUGGACCACGAUAAAGAAGGAAAAUACGUCAAACAAUGGAUACCCGAGUUGGAAAAAGUUCCUCACAACGCCAUUCAUUUACCUUACCUUCUUCUUGGCGAAAACGAAAAGAAAAUCCUUAAAGUGCCAAAGCACUACUCAAAUAAGGAAAAUCUUGUUUGUUCUGUAGCUCUACCUUCAGCUCUAAAAAGAAAGUUUGAGAAAGGAGAAAGCUCAACGACCAAGAAAAGAAAGUAG